CAAUUCUACUGCGAGCUUGAGAGAAACACACCACAACUGAUUGCCCUGUACAGGCAGAAGGCUAAGAGAGCAGAGGCCCUGCAGAGAUCCUCAGGAUUUAUGACCUUCAGACCAACUCCAUCCAUGAUCGGUACUGACAGUUGCAAAGUGAUGUACUAUAGGCCUUCUCCACAAUCAGCUCACCUGCGGUUCUUACCACAGAAUGGUGGGAGAAAAAGUUCAAAACGCGAGCUGUGUUUUUUGGGCAGUAAAACAUGCAGGGUGAUGCAAGCUGGUGUGUGUGCAGCGUUGCGCGGGACAGAACUGAACAACACGAGGUACACCAUCCGACCCUCCGAGGCCUCCCAGUGAACCUGCUAGUGGAUGACUGACGUCUUCAAAACCUGCAAUUUUUCUCAGGGCCUUUUGGUGCUACCCAGCUGUGGCACAACAUCAUCCAGGCCCUGCAAACGCAGGUAGAGGUGCGCCGCUGUAGAAGACAUCUACGUGUUCAUGCUGAAUGUUUCACGGGCUCAGAUGCUGUGGAUGCCGUCCUCAGUUAUUUGAUGCAGAAUGUGGUGUUUUGCACAAGUGAAAUGUCACGUCUCAAAGCUGCUCGACUCUGCCAGGCUCUGAUGGAGGCCAAGGUGUUUGAACCGGUGGGUACAAAGCUGUUUCGCAGAGAUAAAGAAGUGACCUUUGAGGACAGCAGCUGCAGCCUUUACCGUUUCCUGGAAUAUAAAGGGUUACCCAAUUCUGCCAUGAGGGAGUGCAACAAUGACUCAGAAAACAUGCAACCAGAGGAACUGGAGCUAAAGAGGAAGAAGAGCUCCAGGAUGAAGGAACUGAGGACGAUCUCUAAUCCCCUUGCUGUUGGACCAUCGGACAGGAGGGUUGAGAGGCUGCUGAAGACCAUCAACCUGCGACCAACCUUGUCUCCAGCUCUGAACACAACCCCCACUACCUCCACCUUUCUGUCCAAAGCUGUGGUGGAUGAUGUUUGGAAGCAGCAGACACUUCUGCAGUUGCUGCAGAUAGUAGAGUUGCCCAUGCUGGACUGCAUCCUGACCUCUCCUGCCAGGGUUCAGCUCCAGACCUGCAGAGCUCCUCUGGCCACCCAGGACCUGGUUAUCUCUAACACAUGCCUGGAGAGAGAGCUGCCCGACACCCUUAAUCUGCCUCAGUUGGAUGGGUGGCUGUCAGCAGCAGCAGACUGCUUGGAGCUCUUUCCCGACCAGCUGAUUGUGGUUGCAGGUCAACAGCUCAGCCAACAAGGUGGCGAUGCCUUUUCAGAAGGUGACCCAGCAGAGCAGAUGGCAAGCCAAAAGAGACUGCUCUUUGACACCAUUGCCAAGUACUACAGUGGACAGGAGAAAGCUCCACUUCUCUCAGGACGCUAUCUGGACAUACAUGCUGCAAUUCUGAAUUUGCUGGAUGGAGGGAAGGUGCCAGAUGCCAUCAAAGCAUCUCAGUUGUGUUUUCGACUGCUAGAGACGAGCGUGAGAGAUGAACUCAGGAGACUACUGGCCUUUAUGGCAACAGCAGCUCACCCAGAUGCUUGCCGUCUUCAGAAACAGAUUGAUAACAAGGCCUUGGUCUGCCGCACUUUUCAGAGAGCAGUUGUCCAAAAUCAUGAACUGAACCGAUCCCAAAGUGAAACCCUGGUGCUGUUUCUCAUGAACAAUUGCUCUGAGCUUUUCAAGACUCCUACAUCCCUUAUUGAAGCUGUGAGGAGAACAUUGAGGACAAUGCAGCAGGGAAAAGACCCUGACUCAAUUGCCACGUUCACCUUCUGCCAGCAGAUGACGCCACAGGAGUAUGAGGACCAGCGAGAGGCUACCACCCUGGAGAGCCUCAAACAGCUACUUCGUGACAUUUCCUCCAGCAAAACCAUACCUGUCAAGGAGAAGAGGAGGCUGCUCAAAGAGUUUGAAAAACAUCACCCCGUGGUCUUCCUCCAGCAUUUCUCCAGCACCUUCUGAAACGUACAACUGAAGGGGGUAGGGUUAGGUGGUUUGACUUCCUAGGUGCACUUCACGAAGCCUGUUUGUGGUACGGCACUUACACUGAAGAAUGAUAAUAAUUUAAUGUACACCCCUGAGUCUAAGUAAACAUCUUUAUAAAUUUGGAUACUUUAAAAACAUCUCUAAAAACUAUCUUAUCCCACUAAUGUCUAGGUGUAGAGAGGGAUUGACACCUUACAGUAGGUGACUAUAGCAUGGCUGUGGCUUCCCCAAGUUACUUUAAGUCAUAAGAGGCCUUCAGUAGUUGUUUUUCUUUCUGUCCUGUAGCACUGGAUGCAUUAUCUGUCUGAUAAACAUUUAAAGAAGCAUUUUGAGAUAUAAGUCUGUUCAACCUAUAGGCUUAAAUAGAGUUGUGAAUGGUUUUGCACUAGUUUAUAAACGAUGACAUAUUAGCUCAACAAUAAUAUCAGGUGCCUAAACUGUAGUAAUUUUUUUAAAUUUUACAUUAGUUGAUUUUAUAUUGUAAAGAUGAAUAAUGUUCAAAGAGGGCAUUUUCUUUUCUAUGGUAGAUUGUUCUGGCAAUACUGCAGAAUACAUUAUAUGUAAAGUAUAAAAACUUAAAAGGGAAUACUGGACAAAAAACACGAGUUUUAACAAUCUGUUCAACCUGCUGUUUUGAGGCUGCAAUUACCCAACAGCUUGUGGACUAACUGAUAUACUUCUUGCAGAUGUGGACGCUGUAUUUGGAGAAAGCUAAUGGAAAAUGGACAAUGCAACACUAAUGUAGCUGAAUAAGGUUUAACACUGUAAUGCGUUUUUGUUAAGAGAUGAAUACAGAGAUGAAGAUUUUACUAAUUGAAACUAAUAUGAAAUGAAAACAAAGGGUACAAUAAUGUACAAGGAUAUCCUCAGGUUAAUAUAAUAUUUUUUAUUUUAGGGGUUUUAACAUGCUUUUAGUGCCAUCAUCUUGGUCAAAUGUCUUAUAAUUGUAACUUUUUAGGAUUUGACUAAAGGUGGCCAUUAUGCAUUUUGAUGGAUGCAUAAUAAAUACUGAUGGAAUAAUAUUUUAGGCUACUAAUUUAAUUUUUUGGUUAAGCAUGACGUCUCAGCUGGGUUUUAUUCUUUUAAUUCAUGAAGUCAUACAAAAGUAAUUUACAAAUGUCAUUUCAGUCAGCAACUUUUGCUCUUUACAUAUACUGAAAUCAUGUUAUAAUGCACUUUAUGAUGCUGAGACAUGCUUUAUUUUCUGUUGGGAUAAUGAAUUGAAUAAAAGUUGAAUUAAUGUUCUCUCAAAAAA